AUGGACAUCCGGCUCCUCACCAGCGCGGACCUGCCCCUGAUUCAGCAUGCAAACUUGCAGAACCUUCCGGAGAACUACUUCCUCAAGUACUACCUGUACCAUGCGCUGUCAUGGCCGCAGCUGAGCUUCGUGGCCGUCGACGCGAGCCGUCCGCGGCGGGGGCCGUACGACUAUCCCAAGAUUGUCGGCUACGUGCUCGCCAAGAUGGAGGAGGAACCGGCUGAUGGUGUGCCGCACGGCCAUAUCACAAGCUUGAGCGUGAUGAGGACGCACCGGCGACUGGGCAUUGCCGAGAAGCUCAUGCGUCAGAGCCAGCUCGCCAUGGUGGAAACGUUCCAGGCCAAGUACGUCUCGCUGCACGUGCGCGUGUCCAACACGGCAGCCCGGCACCUGUACGAGACGACGCUACGCUUCAAGAUCGAGAAGACCGAGGCCAAGUACUACGCCGAUGGCGAGGACGCUUUCUGCAUGCGCCUAGACCUUGACAGCAUCCGUAGCCAGAUUGACGAGAUUGCCGAUGCCGACGACGUCGAUGCCGACGAGAAGACCGGCGAGCAGGCCGCAACCAACGGCGGCGGUUCUCACGACGUGGACGAGGGGGAAGCUGUCGGCGAGGUCGGCCGCGAUCCGGCCAUGAACGGUAAGGCGACCCAGGCCAAGGCAGUGGGGAAAAAGGUCAAGGUUGCGGUCGGCAGGGGACUCGGUGUCGGGGAUCUGGUGGAGAAGAACGAGAGCAAGUAG